AAUGCGUUUGGCGUAGACGCUGCACAGGGCGUCUGUCGUGGACGCUGCACUCUCGACGUCACGCUCUUAUCUAUACACUAUAUUCGCAAGCUAACAUUGCACCACAUCACGGCAUAUGACCACCAACCACACCACGCCACACCACUCUAUCACUCACUCACUCACCCAAACCAAACCACAUCAAAUCAACUACCUCAUCAACCCAAACCAACACGUCUACUUGGUUUGCUCAGUGCAUAUAUGCGCCCAGCCGAUCUACUUUGCAUACUCAGUGCAAUAUGCCAAGCUCACACUCACAUCCAUAUGUACUUUGUUCAUAUGUCGCAUGUCGUUUCUGAUUCCGAUUCCUCGCUCGAGUCCUACUUUGUUUUUCGUCUUUCGUAUUUGUGAACUCACUCUUUCGCCAUGUCUCGUCUUCGUCCAAUUCAAUGCUUCUUGUAGGGCUAUCUGUUUGCUUUUCUCGUUUCGUUUGUUUUUAGCUAUACUGUGGGCAUGUCAUCGUUUUCUCUUUUUUUUUUAGCUUUGUACUUGGAGUAUUAUGAUGCAUUGAUGACGAU